UCCAACGGGGACACUUGUGAACCCUCUCACUCCAACACUGUGAGCACAGACAUUCAUAACACUACUGCGAUGAUGGGGGACAGGAUCUUAAUGGUUUUUACGUUAGUUUGUCUUUGCUGUUCUGGGGGACAUGGACAAAAGUACACUAGUAUUCUGUGCGAUGAUAAACGUGUGGAAAAUGUAGUGAAUCUAACUCUUUCCAAACAUAAUCAGCUGCUAACCAAAGGCACUCUUCUGGCUCUCUAUGAAAUCUGGGCGGCUUCAAAGAUUCAGAAUGAAUCAGGGGAAGUUUUGUUUGUGGAGUUCACGAGCAGAGAGACAGACUGUCCUGUAGGGGGAGACAAAGUGUGGCAACAAUGUGACUACCUUCAGCAAGCAGAUAAGGUGCUCAGAAACUGUCAUGCCAAAGUGCUGUUCACAGAGGCAGGACAAGAGUUAGUAUUACAUGACUGUUCAGCUGAGCCAUCUAUUGUCUCUGAGAAGGCACCUUGUCUGGGCUGCCCUGAAAACAUUGAUGUCAAUGGAGAGGAACUAAAAGAACCGCUCAUACAUUCUCUGGCAAAAGCCAACAGCAUGAUCAAUCACAAGCACUUCUUCAUCUUUAAGGGCUUGUCAUCAGCAACAAAACAGGUGGUUGCUGGAUUCAGGUAUAAACUGCAGUUUGAAAUGGAGAAGAGCAACUGCUCCAAGUCAGAAUUCAAAGCCGUUACUGAAGAGUGCCACCCAGAUCAGGAGGAGAAGAUAUUCAUGCGGUGUAACUCUACUGUGGAUGUGGCCCCUUGGAGACACGAGAGUCCGGAAGUGCACGCCGAAUGUGUCCGGAAGGGUGUCUCAAGAUUUAAACGGCCACCAGGCUGGUCUCCCCUGAGGAGAACACCAACUCUCAAUCAUCCACCGAUUCCAAAACCAGCUCCCAAACACAAAGAAUCUUCAGAGGAAUCCAAGGAGAGCAUGGGUGCCACCCAGCGUACAGCAUUAAACUGCCCAACCAAACCCUGGAAAGAGUUCAAGCCCAUCAUUAACAGCCCUGCUCCUCUGAACACUAUAGCGUCUACACAGCCAAACUCAAAUGCAGCAGCUGAGUGAUCUGGAUUUGUUAGGUUGAGCAGCCGGUGUGUGUUGUUUUUGAGGCUUUGUGUUCAAAUGGUAAUCUUACAUAAAAUAUCAAAGAAAGAAAGAGGACAAACGGUGCCAGUUACAUUCUAAUAACUUGUAGUAUGGUGUUUUGAGUGUCAUUCAUUUAUUUGUGGAUGUAACAAUAAUUCACAGUACAUUGCCUCACAUGUCACAAUAAAGAGGAAAUUAAAACUCAUUGUUCGUGGAAUCAUUGGAACAUUAUUACACUUCAUUACAGCUGUCUAUACGGCUGCUUGACAGAGAAAUAGUUCUUCAGAGAAUGGGAAUUAUGAGAAGAUAAUGCCACAUUUAGUUAAACAGAAACUGCAAAACAUAAUUCGGUUAGAGUAAUAAUUUACUCAAACUGUUCAAUGAUUAUCAAACAACAUCUCUCUUCCCUUUGUUUUAGUGUGUUACUUUUUACAAAUACUAAUAUUUAUUAUUUUAGUUUGAGUUGGCACAAUGUACUCUAUUACUGUAAUUGCAAAAUACGUUUACUUCAUGCAAUAAACAACAAUUUAACUACA